AUGGCUCGACCGUGGCACACAAAGGGCCACCACGCCAAUGGUCAGGUGAAGUCGAUGAAAGGCCAGACGGCGCGCGUCGAGGCGCCCGUGGAUGUUGGAGGAGGCACUUACACAGGCGAGGGACACGUCGCGUCGUUGCACGCUUCCACCUUGGUGACAUUCCUCGCCGCUGAACCAGAGCCCACGCCAUGGACCAGCCAGGCACACAGAGGGCCACCUGGGCUGGAAUGUGACGGGCCGGCGGUGGGGUGGAUUUACUGCGAGACGUGUCAGUUGAGGUUGAAGAGUGGGAGAACGGUGAAGCUGCAAGUGACGAAAUGUCGGCUGGAGGAUAAGGAGGUAUUUACGCAGCAAGAAAGAGGUCACCGCCGGUCGCGAAAAGACUGCCGCGGAGAUUGGGCGGUGUUGUUGGUGGUGGUGGAGGUUGUGGUGUGGAUGAAGUUGAAGCGGAGGAAGGAAUUUGGUGGAGGCAGAAGCUUGGGCCACGUCGCAGAGUCAGGUGAUCGCGCUCGUUCUCGCGUCAUACGCAUCGACGACGGGCUUGGAGGGGGCGGGGAUACGCUUGAAUAA